AUGCUUUAUGACCUCAAUGUGCCGUGGCCCUCCAACGGGUACUCGGUUCCAGCAACCCCCUCCCAGACAAUAGGCUUCAAGAAUACCAUCGUGACCCUCUACACUUUGGGAUACCGACAAAUAGCCAUCAAUUUCCAAUUACAAGAAAAUGUCAAACUCCCUAUAAAUCAACCAGAAAGGUUAAAUCCUAUACCCAUGAACACAUUAAGAGAUGACCUCUGUGAAAAAUUCCCAGGUUUGAAGCUAUACAGCAGAGUAACCUUGAUUGUGAAUGAUCCUUCUAAGUGUCAAGGAUUAGCCAAGCUCCAGGGUCACUUUGACAUUUUGGCUGUACAGCCUACAUCCGAAAAGGCAUUACAGCUUUGCACCAUAAACCUAGAUAUUGACUUGAUUUCGUUCAACUUUGCUACCAAGCUUCCAUUUUUCAUCAAGCACAAGACAGUAGGCAGUGCCGUGGACAAAGGAAUUAAAUUCGAGAUAUGCUAUGCAACAGUGGUGGCAGGCUAUGGGGCAGAUCUGGGGAUAAAUAGUCAAAUGAUUCGUAAGAAUUUUUUCAGCAACGUGUUGCAAUUAAUAAGAGGUUGCAGAUCCAGAGGUAUCAUAGUAUCCAGUGGGGCUACCCUGGCUUCACAAGUCAGGAACUCGGGUGACGUCUUGACUAUAUUGAAGACUGUUGGUUUGGACAACAGCAGGGCAAAAGCCUGUGUCACCCUCAGUCCAGAGAGAGUGUUGGUGAACGGAAGAUUACGGGUCCGGUCGUACAAACAAACCAUUUUGGAAGGUAAUGAUGGAGACUUGGUAGGAAGCGAAGACGUCCCAUCCAAAAAGAGAUUAGCAGACUCCUCAAGCGGAAGAUUGUUAAAGAAGGCAAGAAAAGGAGAAUAG